GGUGCCUCGCAGCAUCUUCUCCAUUCCGGUACCGGGAGGUUCUCCAGUUUCGGCUCUUUCUGGCGGGGAUCCGGUCUGUUUGCUGAACUGUUUGAUGUGAUUCUUUUUAUUCGUGAACUUUUCAGUUUUUCUUGUUUAUUUUUCACAUUUUUUAGCGGCGAACCGAACUUUAAAUGCGCUAAAAUCCCGCCGCUGCCCCAGACAGCAGGAUGCCCGUCCUAUCGAGUCCAGACACCGCCAACAGGUUCAGGGAGAGAUGGCUGGACCCGGCCGCCGGUUCCGGUUCUGCCCCCCUGGAUGACAGCCUCACCAGCCUCCACUGGCUGCAGAACUUCUCCAUCCUGAGCGCCGACCCGGAGUUGCUGGCCGGUACCGGUCCGGAGUGCCCGUCCUCCCAGCACCAUCUGCUCCUCAGGCGGUUCGGCUUCCCCAGAACCGGGACCGACUCUCCGUCCAGCCCGCCGGCCGGGGACACGGCGGCGGCCGCCGGGAUGCCGCGGUACCCGGGCAGCCCCGCCGCCUCCGGCAGCCAGACCUCCGCCGCGCCGCCGCGGUUCUCCCCGCUCCCCGCACCGGGCUUCCCGGUCCAGGCGGGCCCGCCGGUGGAGGUGGACUACCGGAGCAACCCGAAGGUCAAGCCGCCCUACUCCUACGCGUCUCUCAUCUGCAUGGCCAUGCAGGCCAGCAAGCUGCCCAAAGUCACGCUGUCCACCAUCUACAGCUGGAUCACAGACAACUUCUGCUACUACCGACACGCUGAGCCCAGCUGGCAGAACUCGAUCCGUCACAACUUGUCCCUCAACAAGUGUUUCAAGAAAGUCCCGAGGCAGAAAGAUGAGCCUGGGAAGGGGGGCUUCUGGCAGAUCGACCCUCAGUACGCCGACAUGUUCGUCAACGGCAUCUUCAAGCGCAGGAGGAUUUCUGCCAACUACUAUGGCGCCGGCGCUGCAGCAAGGCAGAGCAAGCUGGCGGAGGGUUUCCCCAGCAGCUGUCCUCACCAGGCGGGCGCCAAGCGGAAGCAGCUGUCCUCCACCGACCACAGCAAUCUGAUGCGCUCCACAGAGUCCCCGCUUCUCGCCAUGGAGGCCAACAAAGCAGACAUCCUGAAGGGGGACUUUGACCUGGGGUCCGUUUUCGAUGACGUUCUCGGUGGCGGCUGCAGCACCUUCGAGGACUUGGACCUGAACACGGCGCUGAGCUCGCUGGGCUGCGAAGUGGAGGCGUCCAUGAACAGCCGGCAGCACGCGGCAGGCCUGGGACGGUGGUGUGGCGGCGCGGAUGUGACCCACUACCCGUCCUGCAGCUACCUGGACCUGAGCGACGGCACCAUGGACAGCACCAUCGGCGUGACGCAGCCGCUGCAGAGGCCGCAGCUGGAGCAGGACCAGAUGCUGCAGGGGCAACACCAACUGCAACAUCUGGACGGGUCGGCCGCGCUGUUCGGUGAGCCGCCGGCGGACGCCGCGCUACAGCCGUGGGAGGAGAUUAAAGAGGAGCCGCAGGUCAUUCCCCUGACCCUGGAUCCGGGCUUUGGCCUUUACGAGGGCUUCUUCACUGAGAUGCAGCAGUGGGAGCGAGUGGAGAGUUACAUGUGAACUCAGGUCUCCAUCCAGUCAUGGAGAAGAGUCCAACCGCUGGGUCGGCUCAAUGAAACGUAAACCAGCUACUCAUCUGCUCUCCUCUAAUCCGAUCCAGCAACCGCUGAAUUAUUCAUUCUCAGUGAUGAGCCAUUAUCAACACCGAGCUGACUCAGCAGGCCUUCAUGUCUCUGGAACCGGGUUCUUUGGGUCAGGUGUCAGAUUCAUCAGAUCAGAAGUUGGGGAGUAAACUCAUUAUGCUGAUGUUCAUCUUCUUCUAGCCUUCAAUAAGUGAUUUUCUGCAGCCGGGUUUCUUUGUGUCAUUUUGCUCCAAUCUGCUUUCAUUUCAUAUCUGUAAGCAAUUCAUUUGGUUUCCAUUUACUUAACCAAUGCAUAUUAGUGUAUUUUUCUUCGUAGUUAUCGGUUUUAAUGAAUAAUACAGACAGAUAGUUAUAGAAUAGUUCAAUCUUAUUGCGCAGAGGUUCACAAGUCUAUCUUUUUAAAGAUGGGUCUGAAGGCAUGUUGACCACUUUGCCCUUUUGCCAUUUCAUGUUCUUGCACCAACCGUCUGUCAGGGAGUAUCCACCAGGGAUGUUUGGUUUUUAAAGUAUAACUAAUUCCUAUAUUAACUUUAUUUUGCUGAUAAACUGUCUAAAUAGUUUCUUAAGAGUUCUGUUUGCUAUCAUGUGGGAGUCAUCAACUGGAAGCACACUCUGUCAGACCUUUCUGCACAAGACUGGAAAGUACAUCAUUCAUAAACUGUAUAAGGAUCUUAGGGUGACAGGGGUGGGCACUCCUGUCCUACUGCACCAUAAGAACCUCGAGGGCCAGUGUCCUGCAACUUUUAGAUGCAUCUCUACUUCAACACACCUGAGUCAAAUAAUGAGGUCACUAGCAGGACUCUGGAGAAUUGAAUGCAUUUAGGAGAUGAUUCAGCGAUUUGAUUCAGGUGUGUUGGACCAGGGAGACGUCCAAGAGUUGCAGGACAGCAGCCCUCGAGGACCAGGAGUGCCCACCCCUGCAGUAGGAUCUUACAGUACAUGAGGAUCUUAUGGUGAAGU